UGUCCGUGAAGGUUCGUACGAAACGGAUUUUAUCGAGACGAGACGAAACGAGAGAAAGAGUUUUACAAAGUGAUCAAAACAAGCGAGAGAACAGAGAAGAGAAAGAAUUGAUAAAAAGAAAACAGUUCGAUUUAAGAUACAAGUGUGUGAAUUAAUAUCGAUAAAUAACAUUUUUAUUUAUGAUUCUAAAUUUUUGUGCUCACUCAUAAAAAAAUUGUGUGUUUUUUGUGUAACAAAACAAAAAGAGCUGAAGUGUCUAUCAAUUGCAUCGAUUUACGACAUCAAAUCAACGGCACACACUAAAAGAAUUGGAAUCGACACUGCCAAACGACCAGGAUCGAAUUUAAUACACGCACACUCCACUUCGGCAAAAUGCAAAUCAAAUUUCGAUUGUGUCAACAAUAAAAACCCAAUCCGAAUAUAAUCGGUUAAUAAAUAGACAUUGCAUUUUCAAUUUCUGUUGAAUCCAUCGUCGGCAAAAGUAAAUGACGAUUAAAAAAACACCGAAUUGGAAAAAAGUGAGAAACAACAAUUGUGUGCUAAAGUGUGAAAUCGGCAAAUGAAAUAAAGUGAAUUAAGCAAUUAGCCUAGAGCAAACAGUGGGCAUCGCAUAGUUGUUUCUUCGAUUGCGUCGUCGUUGAAACCAAAUCACACAUACACAAACAACCAACCAACCUAACGAAGAAAAAAUACACAAACAAAGUUAAGGUGAACAAGUGAUUGGGUCUAUAUACUUUGUGCAUUGCAUUUUAAAUAUUAUCUCUCCCUUUCUCCAUGUAUACAUGUGAAUUUCAUUCUUUUUGCGCGCGUCUCAUUGAUAUUAAAUAGAAGAAGUGCGAAGUGUAAAGAAAAAAAACGACACCGAAUACGAUAAAUGAACAAACGAACCGAAACAAUAUAUAUAUAAAGUUGACAUAAGAAUUCGAAGAAAAUAGUGCACGAUCUGAACGGCCUGCUAAAAUAUACACACACAAACACAAAAUUCAUAUAAACAAUUACAAAAACCCAUUUGGGUUUUAUGUUCUCCAUUUCGUAUGCAUCAAAUAUGUCUCUUUACUUGUCGUGGCUUAAACAACAACAACAGUUCUAUUGUCGACGCACCGCAAAUGCCACGUUUUGCCAACACUUUCAUUCAAUCUAAUUUAUCGGCUGGCAAAUGUUGUGACUCUUUCAAUAUGAGUAAGUUGUGCGUAUUUUAAGUGCGUUGUGUUUCGCUCUGCGGCUUUACACACACACACACAGUCACACACAACGACGACGGCAGUAAAAUAUAAGUCUUGUGAAAUAACCGCUAGUAAAGGAAGAAACAGUGAAAAACCACAUAAGAAUAGACAAUCUUAAAAUCGUUGUGAAAAUCGAUCGUAUAUCUCAUACAUCGAAAAUAAUAAUAAAAAAAGUGACAUUUUCGCCCAAUCCCUUUAUUCGCCCGCAUACAAAGUCGAAUCUGUGUUUUGAUAUUCAUAUAUUUCGUUCUAUUCGGCACGGGCAUAUGAGCCACUGUCUGGCGUAUGGUUUGCACAAUAAUACAAUUCGCGCGACAAACGAGCAUCGACUAAAUUGACAAGAAAAAAACAACAAACAACACGAACCAAAACAAAAACCCAUACACACUUACACCGAAACGGAAACAAAACGAAAACGCAUAACAAUGGAUAUAAAUUUGGAACGAGAUGGUGGUGUCAUUGGCACACUAUUUCAACAAAUUAUCAACGACAUGAAGAACACGAGCCCACUAUGGGAAGAUUUUAUGGCCAAAGCGAAUAAGCUGCAUGUAUGUUUACGUGCAACGAUUCAAGCCAUUUCAGCCUAUUUGGAUGCGUUCCAGAAAAUAGCAGACGCUGCCACCAACUCAAGAGGCGCAUCCAAAGAAAUUGGUACAGCAUUGACCCGAGUCUGUUUACGGCAUAAAGCGGUAGAAACGCGCAUGAAAAGCUUCACAACCGCCAUUAUGGACUGUCUAAUAUUGCCAUUGCAGGAUAAAGUUGAAGAUUGGAAACGUCAAGUAGCUGUUAUUGAUAAGGAACACGCAAAGGAGUAUAAACGUUGUCGUGCUGAAUUAAAGAAACGGUCAACCGAUACGCUUCGUUUGCAGAAAAAGGCCAAAAAAGGUCAAUCGGAUUCGAUACAGAGUUUGGUCGAAUCAUCAAUGCACGAUAUCACCCAACGUAAAGCCGAUUUGGAAGAGGUUGAACGUCGUUCAUUACGUGCGGCCAUGAUCGAAGAACGAACACGGUUUUGUACGUUCGUCAAUUUAUUGCAGCCGGUGGUGAAAGAGGAAUUCGAAGUUAUGUAUGAAUUAGGUCAUUUACAAGAGGCUAUGGAAACAAUAACAAAUGUCACAAAAAAUCCAAACAUUCUACCACAAGCGUCCGAAGAAUUAAUUCUUGAAACAAAAACAUCGGCAUCAUUUCUCUAUCCCGAAUCGCCUGGAUCGCAUGGCUAUUCAAAUUCGUUGGGCUCACGUAAGAGUUCCGUGUGCUCAAUCAGUUCGAUAAACAGUAGCGGUUCGAGCAACUCACCAGGAAUGCCGUACCAAAGAUCUCUUUCGCAGUUAAUGACACCUGCAAUACGUUUAAAACCGGGCGAAUCUAGUGAUAGUGGCUUUUGCUCAUCGCCGGCGCUUACAACACAGGCAUCAACAACAACCAAUCAAACACAUGCUGUGUCUACAUGGCCACCACAUUCACAGGAUCCAGUUACAUCGCUCGAUAGACCGCAUACAAUUUCAACAGCAUAUGAAAAAGGUCAUCAACGUCCACCGUUGACCGUGUACACUUUCCAAAAUCCAGAUGGAUCGACCACAACCACCGAACAACAGCAUCCAGUUCAAAAAUCACCUGCAAACGUUGCAUGCCGGCCACCAUUACCAGUGCGUUGUUCGUCAUUGGAACGUCCAUUAUCGUCAACAGCCGGAGCUCGAAAUCAAACAAUGCAUAACAUGAGACAGUCACCAUCACCAUUGCCAGCGCACAUCACAAAAGAAUAUCCAAUAAUCCAACCGACUUAUGUAAAUAUGUCGGAAUUGGCAACGAUGGCCGCACUUAAAAUCACUAAUUCAAUCAAUCAACAUUAUCAACAACAAAAUCAAGAACCAUUAACACCGAUCCAAUCACAUACACCAAAUAUGCCAUUUUCAGCGCAAUCACCACAAUCGGAUUCCUCUUCUGUAACAACGACAUAUAACAAUCUGACCACCACCACAAAUACCAACACCAAUAAUACCAAUACCACAAAUUCCAUGACCACGAAUCCAGAAUCACCACUGUCAACCGCCACCGAUGACACAUUAUCCCGUCAAGCAUCGGUCGAUGCGGCGCCCUCAUCACUAAAUGACUACGAUGAUUAUGUUGUACAUGACAAUCAAACAUUGUCAUCGUCCACAUCAGCUAACAAUUCAAUAGGAGUGACUUAUAAUGACGAUGUAGACGAUUACAAAAGUACUGGUUCUGUUUUAGAAAAAUUAUCAUUGUUCGAGAAAUUGGAGCAGCGUCAAGCUAGUACAGCAGCAGCUGCUGCCGCUGCCGCUGCCGCCGUCGCACUAGCCAAAACGAAUUCGAUCACAUCGAAUGCCGGGAACAACGAAACACAGUCGAUUAUGAGGCGCAAUGACGAUCUUAACAAAUCGAUUCGGUCAAUCGACAAGGAUCCAGGCCAAAUGUAUGAAGACUCAAUUCAGGAGCUAAACAAUUUAAUUGGCGAAUUGGAUUCGUUUCAACGCGAACACGAGCAGAAAAUGAAGCAAAAACAGCGUGAGAAACAGCAGCAGCAGCAGCAACAUCAGAAGCAAUCAAAAUCGUUGGCCAAUGUUCAUGACGUGCACAAUACAACGGCCGAUACAACAUUGACGGCAUCAUCAAUAGGCGAUGCGAGUGAUAUUUAUAAUAAUUUUGAUAAAUUAUCGAUUGGCAGCAGUGAUCCAAAUCCAUUGAUGUGUUCAACGACCACGCAUUCGAGUGACAUGACAUUUGGCAGUGAUACAGGCGAUUUAACCGAUUGUCAAGCAACGACCAUGUCGCUAAAAUUAAAUCUAUCAACGACAGAGCAUCCACUUAUCAUGCACAGCAGUACGAAUAGCAUAAACGGUGGCAUGAAUGGUACGUCGAUGACAAGUACCACAUCUAGUUCGAAUGGUUCCACAGUCGCUCGACACAUCGAACUCAUUCCGGACGGUUACAAUGUUAGCGACGAUUAUGUCAAAGAAAAUACCGAAAUUGUUGUCUUACGGCGCAAAGAUAGCCAAACCGAUUUGAAUAACUGUGGACAAGAACAAAUGAGCCCGGUGGUUAGCGGGAAUGGAAAAGAUGUAGAACGUAUUAGUUCGUUUCGGUGUUCAAGCUUUGGUAAAACUGAAUCGGCCAGUCCAAAUGAUGGUAAAUCUACAUUAAAACGUGGCCUAUCGAUCACAUCAGCCGAUUCAAUUGCAAUGAACAAUCGCAACAGAAACGAGUAUAAUUCAAAUGGCAUGGCUGUGAUGAUACACGAUCAAGACGUUGUCGAUCAUGCGGAUAUUGACAAUAAUGAUAGCGCAACAAUAACACAGAUGAUUCGGCAAAAACCGAUCAUUGCAUCACGACCCGCUUCUUUGUCUGGUUGCGUGAAUCGAAACACAACGAGACGAACAGCAAACAGCGUAAAGCCACCACCGCCAGUUAGACGAAGUUCAAGUGUGACACCAAGUCAUCAGCUAGAUGUAUCACAUUCGUCGUUGCAACCGAACGUCAUGAACGCAUCGUCCGAAAGUUUACCACCGCCACCCGCAUAUUUGCUCGAUUCAACUGGUCGCACAUCACCUGGCAAAGUUGGAGAAACUGUGAAAGCGUUGACCGAAUUGAAUCACAUGCCGGCUAGUCCGAGCGUUUUAAGAAGGAACAUAAGUCAAAUAAGCCCGGCUGCACCACAGACAAUAUAUUCGACCUCAAACCAACAACAAUCACCAACACCAUCACAACAACAACACAAUCCAUUUUACGGUAGUAGCCCACAAAGUGACUACUAUUCGACCACCAAUCAAACCAAACAGUCCCAAUCCAUUUAUAGUACAUUACAACCAUCACAUUCUUCACACAAUUCUUCUUCUGAACAAUCACCGUCAUCACUUCCAAUCUAUUUAUCAACUCGUCAAAUUCAAAGUGGCAUUUAUGCACAACCAAAACAUUUAACAAAAGUAUCGAGUUUCCGAAAUGCUAGUCCAAAUUCUGCUCGAAAUCAGCCCGGUACUCGAGUUAUUACGCAGUUAAAUACAAGUCGAACAAAUGAUUUGCAUCAACAAAUUGCACCGCCGACCGCACAAGCAAAGACUACGCCAUCAUCGCAUCCACAUUCAAAUCAAAAGAUUUAUGCACAAAGUUCAUACCAUCAUACAAUGCAAUCACCCUCACCACAUAAUUCCGAUCAUACAUACCAACAAAAUCAUGAAGCAAAAGCGCCCAAAACGAAACCCGAACGAAUCUAUACGAGCGCCAGUGAUAGAAAUUAUCACUAUCAUUAUCAACAACAACAGCAGCAACACCAUCACCACCACCAACCACAACAGCAACAGCAGCAACAUCAUCAGCAACAGCAACAAAACAACCAACAUUCAGUACACGGAAUGGCUAUGUCAAACGAUGGGCCAUAUUCAAAUCAUCAUCAUCAACAGCAACAGCAAUCACCCUAUCAUCGUCAUUACAAUGUACAACAAAAAAUUUACGUAUCCACGAAUCCAUUCAUUCACACAACGACAUCACACUAUUCGCCUAGCUAUUCGCCGACCAGUUUCGGCAAAGAAUCCGGUCCAGUCUAUGCAACUUCGCCACCCACAUCGACCACAAACUAUUCGUCACCGAAUUAUGAAACAACCAACAAUUCGAUUCGAGCCAAAUCAAAACUAGGAUUUUUAGAAAAUUUAAAUGCUAAAUUAGCGGAACAAAGACUGUCUGGAAAGGCAUUUGCUGUGAGGAAUAUUAUCAACAGCAAAGCAUUGAAAAGAGUUGAAGGUGGCAGAAGUCAAAUACCAGUGGCUAAUUCAAAUAAUUAUGCAAAUUGCGAUGAGCCGGACCCAAGAGUUUGUCAUGAAUCUCUGAUGGAUCAAAUAAAACGCGGAGCAACACUCAAACGAAAUAAGUCCAUCAACGAUCGCAGCGCUCCGAAAAUUUACUAAAAAUAUAUACACAUAUAUAAAAAAUCAUACGCAUAGAAGCUGCGAAUAUCGUCGCAUCAGGAAAUAAGAGAAGAGUCCAUUGACACUGAAAACCGAUCAACACAGAAGAUCACCGAAGAAGCAGCACAUCAUCACCAUCGAGUAAUCAAUACACGGGAAAAGAUGGCCAGCGCUAAAUUUAUAUGGUUCUGAAGUGACGCACACAAUAAUUUCCAAACAUUAAGUGGGUUUAUAUUUUGAAGAAAAACGAAAAGAAAUCGUCAUUAGCAUAUAAAACAAAAAAAAAACUUAUAUAAUAUUUAAACAUCAUAAAAAUAGACUCAUAACAUUUCGUAUAUAAAAUUGUAAAAGAAAACCUCACAGCAAGAGUUGCGCUUAUUUUGAUGUGCGUUUUUAUUACACAUUUGGCGAUGAUUUUAAUUAAGAAAAACAUCCACAUGAGCUCAUUUGUAUCCAUAUUCUGUGUAUAAAAUGCUUAGGUUUUUUCACAUCUAAAAUUAUUUGCUUUAAUUUGCAGGUCAUUUAUUCUAUUAAGUCUAUAAUUUUUUUCUUUCAUCUUAAUUGCUAAUAAUACAUAACGACAAAAUCACCAUCUAAUAAUUGUUCAAUGAAAGCAAAAAAAUCAUGCAAUUUCUAUACUUGAAUUGUAAUAUCGAUUAAAUUAUGACAACAACAACAACAAAAUGGGGAAGAAAAUAAAGGAAAAGUCAAACAUUCUAAAAAAAAACAAGAUGUUCUCGCUUCACUCGUAGACAUCGAUAGGAAUGGAGCCGCAAGAAUAUUUUUUUAAAAUACCAAACACAAUCGAACUGAUCGUUAUGAGAUUAACAACACGGGAACUGAAACUGUCCACAUUUAUACAAAAGUCAAAAGAAAAUUUGUCCACAAAUUAUUUUCGAAUGCGCUUUGUGUAGGCUUUUUUCAUACGAAUAGAGAAAACGCGUAGCAUUUUAUAAAUAAAAGCUAUUGUCGCAAAACGAUUUGGAUUCUUUUUUCUCAUUUUCCGCAUAAAACAAUUCAAUAAACGAACAAUUUGUGUCGAAUCAAAUAGAGGGGAGAAAACAACGUAUUCUUCGUGUUGUUUAAUCGUUUAUUUCACAAAACCAAGCUCAACAGAAAAAAAACAUCGAUCAUAUUGAGUUCAUUUAAAGCGUAUAUUUUAUUGACAAAAAUAGAAAUCUUGACAAAGAUCAUGAUGUAAGUUUACUACAAUGAAACGGUUUUUUUUGGAGCGACAUCGAACCGAAAUAGACUUUAAUAAAAAAAUAGAAUACCGCUAACAUUUGAGUUCUAUCCCAUACAAGGGGCAUUUUACUAUAUGCGAAUGCCAUUUUAUACGGAAUAUAUGAAAAUUUUCCUAUUCAUACAUGAAAUAUACGAAGCAAAGUAUAUUCAUCCGCAUCAACAUCUAUGAAAAUUCGUACAUUUCAUUCGCAACCAUUCGCGAAUGCCGCAUACGUCUUGCUAGAUGCGACAAACUGUCGUGUGACAUUUGUACAUACACAUUGCUGUGUUCAGUUUGUCGUGGAAGUUUCAAACACAAUGUCAUUGUUCUCAACUAAAUUUGAAAAACAGUUGAAGAAAAAAUACAAG